AUGCUAAAAGCGCUAACGCUAUUAUUGUUAGUAGCACCUACAGUCUUCUGCGUUAAGUGUCUUGAUUGUGUGGGUAAAGACUGCAUGGGGUCAUUCUGUGAAGGUGAUUACUGUAUACUCUCACAAUAUGCACCUCGAUGGGGUACGAUAGAAUGGGGUAAGCCGGAGGUGGUCAAGGGUUGUAUGACGGGUUCAUUAUUACGGGAUGAUGUGCGUGACCACUGCGAAACGGCUGAUCCAGAAGGAAAAGAGAUUUUCACAUGUUUUUGUAAUGGGCGAGAUAAUUGUAACGGUGGUCGAGCCCUACAGAGACUAGAAGUAGAGCAGGUCGAAUUGCUGACCUGUGCUUGUUCGGGUGCACACUGCAAAGCAGACACAUGUAUUGGCGAAAUGUGUAGCUAUGUAAUAAAUCAUAGGACAAAAGAAGUGGAAAAGGGCUGCGUUAACGCUUCAGUACCCUUGGUGGAGCGGCGGUCGAUGGGAUCUUGUAUGAUUCCACCUAUCACAGGUGCAAUGCAUCAUACAGUUGCUAAGGAUGCAUCGGACUUGCUAAAGACCGAAUCGUGCGUGUGUGGCACGGAUUACUGUAACGCUGAGAAACCCGAGAUUACCGUACCCGAGAAGCAGAAAUGUCAAGCUUUUGUCAAUACAAAGGUCAUGGGAACGCAAAUGAGCUCCAAAAAUGUCACGUGCACCGGAGAAUUCUGUUUCAAAGCACGGAUAAAGUCGAAGCUAGGACAUAUGACAGAAUAUAACACUAUCGGUUGCGCUUCAUUUACUGGAGAUGAUUCGUUGGCUGAAGAACUGAAACCUACUGGCUGUGCGAAAUUCUCAAGCGAACAGUUGGAAGUGACUGCCUGCUUUGAGACCAAGGACAGAGCAGCCAUUGGUCGUGCGAGAGCUAAUCAAGAAGUGCGAGAACCGAAGAGAAAACCUAAGGGCAAGGGAAAGCCCAGGAAACCUCCACCAAAGAUGGAAAUAGAGUACGAAGAAGAGGAAGAAGAAAACGAUGAAAAUAUGGAGGACGAGGCGAAAGAGGAAGAGGAGGAGACAAAGCAGCAGAUGGAGAAAGAGGAGACCAAGGAAAAGGAAAAAGGCAAGGAAGAGGAAGCGAAAGAGAAAAUGGCAGAGAAAGAAAAAGAAAAGGAAGAAAAAGCAAAAGAAGAAGACGAAGAAGAGGAGGAGGACAGCGAGAAAGAUGAAUCCGGAAGUGAAGCCACAACAGUGAAAAGCUUCAUAUUUGAAAGGCCUACGCAACCACCUAUACCGGAUGAUUCGAACACAACUAUGAUCGCCGUCUUCAUUCUCAUCAUGCUUUGUAUUGUCGUCUCAGGAGCUGUAUGGAAAUUCGAAUUACAUAAGAAAUUAUUCCGAUCUAGUUACGAUACGGUAGCCGGUGGAUAAUAGCUAUCGAUCAUGAAAUUUUUGUAUUUGCUGUAUAAUUUGAACCGUUUUCAAAAAAAAAAUUUUUUUCUCUAGAGGAAGUUCGAACUUGUAGUGUUGUUGAAUGCUUUGCUCCAUAUAUGCACAUGUUCAUGUUCAUAUAGAUCCUAUUUAUCACAGACGUAUUUGAUCUCAUGCUUGAUAGUUUCCAAUAUAGUUUCCGCAAAUUUUCGUUCAUAUGAUGUUUUUGAAUGCAUAUUCACUUAUGUUUGAGAAUCUCCAAAUUCUGCUAGUGAUCUAACUUCCGUUUAUAGUGUUUUUCCUGGAACGACCAAUUUUCCUCUGUUUUCUUUGAGCUUUUUAGAAUGCGCAAGAUCAAUACGCAUCGUUUAUGCAGUUUCUUUUCUUUUUGACUCUGCUAGUAGAUUCUCCGGUCCAUGUAUAGUUCACGGUGCCGACAACACUUGUGCGUGAUAAUUGUCCGAGGGGCGCAAUUUAGAUCAUGCGCUCUGUGGCCAUUUUAGUCGUCGGCACCGCGAAGGCACCGUUUCACCAAUCAGC